CACAAGGAAACUUCCCUUGGAUGGAAGUGAAACUUCUUUGGGAGGGAAGGAGGGCUCCCCGCUUUGCCAAAGGCGCCUUGAGUGGGCUUCGAAAGGGGCGAAGGGGCGAGGUGGGAAAGUCCACUCCCAAAGAGGGGGGUCCAAAGGGAGGGAGGGAGGCAGAGAGGGAGGGGUUUGCGCUCUCCUCCCUGCGCUUUCUCUCUCCUCCUCCUCCUCCUCCUCCUCUUCGCUUUCCUGGAAGUAUCUGCUUUGCAUCGCCGGCGGCAAGGAGGAGGGAGGCAGCCCCAGGACCCGGAGAUCGGCGGCAUGAGGCGGCUCUGGUGCGGCUCCUUCUCUUCCUCCUCUUCCUUCGGCUGCAGCAGCGACUGAGGCUCCUUCCCUUCCCUUUCCUCCCGUGCAUGGGAGCUCCCCGGCUCCGACCCGGCUCGCACCUCUGCUUCUGGGCUCCGCUCUUUCAGAAGCGCCUCGGAUUCCAGCAGAUACCUUGUGUGUUUGACGCAAUUUGCCCAACGCUUCCUCCCCAACGUGAACAUUGCCGGCAGGCACAGGUUUUUCUGGAGACGGCAUCCAUUCAUGUGCUUAGAAGCAUGACGGAGGUGAUGAACACAUGUGAGCCUGUUAUGGAGGAAUUUACCUUGAGCCAGCCUGAAGAAGAAGGAGGCACUUCCAGCCAGGCUUUUCCAGAAGCGCAUGAAAAGUACCCAAAGCUGUCAAAAAGAUUGCCAUCUAUUGUGGUGGAGCCAUCCGAGACGGGAGAUGUUGAAAGUGGAGAGCUUCGUUGGCCACCUGACGAUAUAAAAUCGCUGGAGGAUAAGAAGGCUCUGGCUGCUCAGAGAGCUUGUGCUCAACAGCAGCAAAUGGAUCUUGAAAGUGCCCCACCACACAAAGACAUAGGAGGAAGCACAGAGCCCACCGAAACCAGAAUCGAGGAUGACUAAAGGAUUGCUUUCAACAGACCAGAAGUCAAUGUCUCGGCAAGAGGCUGCCUGGAAAGCUAGAACAUUCCGAAGACGUGUCAAAACGAUCUAUUUUAAAACCUGAAGAGGUUUUAGUUUUAUUUUCCUGAUUACGUUAGCAAGGACGAGGAGUUCGUGGGCUUUAGAACUGUUCCUUUCAAGCGUUUACCUUUUUCAGGCUGGGGUUCAUAUCAUUUAAAUUUCCUUUUGGGGGGAAAGUGGAAGAUAUUAGGAAGCACACUCCCAUUUCAGGGAAAACAAACCAGUACUCAAGAUCACAUUAAAUUGGUCUCAAUUAGUACUUCUAAAUGAAAUUGCCAUAGUCACAAUAAGGAUGCCACCAGGUAUCGGCAACAAUGUCAAGGGUUUGCUUUGCUAUAGAACACCUUAAAUCAAUAACCUCUCUCGUUUUAGCCAUUUUAAAAACUAGCACUGUGAUACUCUCGAUAAUAGAUGUAAUAUAACGUCACCAUCUGACUUUGUACCUUUUUUUGUAUAGAGACGCAAGUUUAACUUUUGAAUCCGGGCUAUUCGGAAAUUUAAGAUUGCCUUUUAGUGGUGCAGAACAGAACCUCUUUGCCCUCUCUCCCUCUCUCUCUUUUUGUGCAAAUUUAAAUGAACCAGCCUUUUAUUAACGCAAUGUCUUCUAAAGACAGUGAGUUAAAGUCUAAGGAGCUCUUGUACUGAUGUAUAUUUCUCGAACAGAAGUAACAAUUAUUGUUAGUGAAUCAAGUCAGUUUUGUGUAACUUUGGCCAGGCUUUGCUUAUAUUUGUACACACAAAUCUGUGGUCCAGAUCCCACCCUGGUAUAAUCAAGCGCAUGUCUCAAAAUAGGAGACACUCUUUAUAUCAGGGCUGAAUUUGCUCCAAAGUGUUAAUAUUGUCGCUAUUUUUAUGACAUUCAAAGAUAUAGAUAUAUGCCCUGCUGUAUUUUUUACAUAUAGUUUUGGGUCUGAAGUCUGGGCAAAACUGGCUGGAACAGAUAUGGGGUGCCUUCUUUUUGCUUAAUUAAUAUUGCUUCCCAUACAUAAUACUUGCUUUGAUCAUUCAUUAUCUAAGGCAGAAGCAAAGAUGCCAAAAAAGCGCUACAAAUGUUGGUGGCAUUGUCUACGUUAUAAGCUUUAACUAGAAAAACAAAUACUUAUCUGUCCAGGGGACACUAGCAGUUCUGUGUAGUUUUUUGAGUUGAAUUUAUGGAUAGAUCAUGCUCUUAAGUAUCAUCCUGCAAACUGAAUUACCAUUCCCAGAAUUUUGUGGAAGAAGCCAUUGUGGUUCAAGUGAUGGGAAGCCAAAAGAGGUUUGUAUAGUAUAUAUUUCAACAGCUGGCUCUAGUCAACCUGAUUCAAGCACUAGUUUUCAUGUCACAGGGUGACUUCCCCCUGCUGUUUUGGUACAAAGAAUACUAUAUAUUCUUCUGAAUGUUAUUUUAUUGCUGUAGUAUCUCAAAACCCACUGAAAAUUAGCAUUCUUCAGGUCAUAGUUGGAACCAAUGGACUCCAUCUGCGUAUUUUGAUAAUGAAAAGUUUAUCCCACACAAACGAUGUGGAGAAGGAGACAACUAUACACUAUGUCAGGAAUAAUAACAUUAGUUUAGAAUCAGGCUGCAUUCUCCUUAGACAGAAAUAUAGUAAAUUAUUUAAAUGUACUGGGGUUUUUAAAAAGCUUAUUUUCUUAUUGAAAUUUCUGUGCUGACUUGAAUAUUUCUAGAUUCUUAAGCUAAGACAUUCAAGUCCUUGUGAGGGCAGAGGCCGUAGUAAUUUUGACAUUGAUUCAAACUUUGUGCCAUACACUCACGCCCUUAAUAACUGAGACUAGGAAAACCACAAGUAUCAACAUACUGAACAGAGCUUAGAAAGUGUACUUUAAGACAGUAACUCCUUGAAUCUUGCAGCUACGCUGCUGGCCAUGGCAUUUAAGGAGCUUUAGUCCAAAAUGCACCUUUACCAAACUUUGAUGCUAAGCUUAAUCUGGUUGUCCAAGUCGAGCAUCCAGAUGAAGCUGAAUUCAUAGGCCAUUUAUCUCAAUCUUACCAUGGAAGUGUUCUGGAGUUUUAAAUGCAACUGUUCUGUUGACCAAGCGUAUAAAUUCUUAAUUUGAUCAGAAUGCAAGAGGUUAAUAUAAUACCCUCAUAUUCUUCCUAAAAUUGUCCCAAGGUAAGGGACAUGCAUAGGAAGCUGCCUUAUACUGAGUCACACCAUUGGCCCAUCUAUCCCAGUUUUAGCUACAGUGAUUAGCAACAGGUCUUCAAAGUUUCAAACAAAAGUUUUUUCCCCAGAGUUACUUGGAUCUGAUAAGGAAUAAUAACAACAACAAUAAUAAUGAAUUUAUUACCUGCCACUCCCUGUGGCUCGAGGUGCAAUUAAACUGGGACCCAGUACAUUGAUACAACAAUGGCUCAAAGCCAGUGUAGACAAUGUUGGAAAACAAUGAUGAUCCCAGGGGCUAAUGGGUCUCCACCAAAGAUAUUCCCUUCCUCUAUAAGGCAUCCUUGCACAAGUGUACAGAAAAGUGUGAGUACUACUGACCCAGAGUUUGUUUUUACUGUCACUGAAUGGAGGAUCUAUUUAUUCCAGUGGGAAAGAGUUGACAGACAGCCUUCCUGUGUUUUUCCAUGGGGCAAUAUGGGUUAUGAAGGAGGGUCUGAAGCCAAGCCUUACAUGAAGCACUUAGGGAGAAAAGAGACCGCACAGCUUCUAGUUAGCAUCAUGCAUUUCCAUGCUGAGGCUUGGAGCUGCCUGGUUUUCUUGAAAGCGAUAUCCCUAAAACUUUCCAACUCUCCCUGUGCCUUUCUCCCUUCUAACCUCCCUGUGACACUUGAGUAUCCAAGAAGGCCUAAGCAUUGCUUUUGGGAAGGAAGCCUUUAUCAGAUUAAUCACUUCUGUCUCUGAUCCCCCUAAAAUGAGUUGUGACUAACAUGCAUGUUUAUCUAGAGCGAGGCUCCAUUUGUUCAGGUCAGCAUGUGUAGGAUUGCAGUCCAGUUCUUAUUGAAACCAGUAAGAAUUCAUUUAGCUGAAUGUAAGACAUUCACAUGUAGACAGCUGAAUCUGACAAUACCUUUUCAUAUAGUUCCCUGUGUAUAGUAGGGAAUACCUUACAUCCCUCCCUGUCAGGCACCUUGAAGGACGAGUGAGAACUACAUUUCAGUUAUUUUUAAUGAGAAUUUAAUGAGAUGUGAAAAAUUCAAACCAAAUCAGACAGAAUCAACUAUCCAGACCUAGGGCUUUGAAUGGUUAACUCUUAAAUACUUGGGAUUGAAUCUCAGUCUGUUCAAGCAUAUUAGAAUUGCACCUCUUCUGUUAUGAGAUUGUCCUAAAUAAGAGACAAGCAAUUAUAGCCUACUCAAUUUGGGGAAGAGCCAUCUCUAUUGGCAUUAGCCAGAGUAGUUGCCAGAUAAAUGUGUUAGAUUUUGCAGAAUUCAAAAAAAUUUGCCAGUUCCGUCAUGUUUGGGACAGAAAGAACUUGAGAUCUUAGAAAUCCGAAGGUGGUAUAGAGGGGAAAUGAGAAAUCUCACCAUCCAUUCUCACCUCCAAUCCCGCUAGAUGUUCAUCUAAGUAUAUAACAUUUGAAUGGAGCCCAGGCUUGUACUAUCCAUCGCAAAUAAGCUCAGUUUGCUUGGUUGAUUUGCCAAAAUCAAUCUUGAGUCAUUGCUAGGCUCUAGAUCAGUUGACUUUAAUGUGUGUGCAUGUGUUUCUCUUGACAGUGCAUGAAUAUUGGAACCAUUUUUACACACUUUUCUAUGUUCAAGAUGGCGCAGUUUAUAUUUUAUCCCUCUAGCACCACAGUUUAUAUAACGAUGCUGGAUUAGUUAAACGUUUUAUAACUAAACUACUUUUUUGCUCCCUCUCAGUGGCAAACAGUUUUGAGUUUGCAAAGCGGCAAAUAGCAUGCACAAGUGAGGAAGAAAUGAGGGAACACUAUUUUUUUAGGAAAACAACUGCAUAUUUACGUAGAUCAUCCUAUUCUAUAUGUGUAAAGCGGUGUUGUUUUGUCCAAUAAACCCUAUGGUGAUUUGUGUAUUUCUUUUGUUCUGGGUUAAAAGCUUUUGUAAAAAAAAUGGGAAGGAUGUUGGGUGAGUAUAUCCCCAAGGUGGCUGAUCAUAUUUCUGUUGUAUAUUACAUGCUGUGAGUAGCAAGAGGGCAGUGGGCAGAAUUUAUGGAAUAAUAUAUUGUUCGAUGGAUUCUUCUCCUUUGUAGUUCUUUCAUUUUGGGGGUAAAUACCUUCUGUAUAUAACCUUUAAUUACUGUAUGUCCUGUAGAUGUAUCUGGUCAAUUAAAAGCCUAUGAUGGACCUGAUUGGA